AUGUCUUUACAGUUAUUAAAUCCCAAAGCCGAAUCGAUCCGUAGAGAUGCAGCUUUAAAAGUGAAUGUAACUUCUGCUGAAGGCUUACAAUCUGUCUUAGAAACAAAUUUAGGUCCAAAAGGUACUUUGAAAAUGUUAGUUGAUGGUGCUGGGAAUAUAAAAUUGACAAAAGAUGGUAAAGUACUUUUAACUGAAAUGCAAAUUCAAUCACCAACUGCAGUCCUAAUUGCUAGAGCUGCUGCUGCACAAGAUGAAAUAACUGGUGAUGGUACGACCACAGUAGUUUGUUUGGUUGGUGAAUUAUUGAGACAGGCUUAUAGAUUUAUUCAAGAAGGUGUACACCCAAGAAUUAUUACCGAUGGGUUUGAAAUUGCCAGAAGGGAAACCUUGAAAUUUUUAGAUGACUUUAAAAUUGAAAAACCAGUGACUGAUACUAUUGAUAGAGAGUUUCUGUUACAAGUGGCCAGAUCAUCCCUAGGCACAAAAGUAAAUCCUGAAUUAACUGAAGUUUUAACGCCUAUUGUCACAGAUGCCGUGUUAAACGUUUAUGAUCCAACUAAGAAAAACUCUCUAGAUUUACAUAUGGUAGAAAUUAUGCAAAUGCAACAUUUGUCUCCAAAGGACACUAAAUUUGUAAAAGGUUUAGUUCUAGAUCACGGUGGUAGACACCCUGAUAUGCCAACUAGAGUGAAAGAUGCAUUUGUCUUAAUCUUAAAUGUUUCUUUAGAAUAUGAAAAGACUGAAGUAAAUUCUGGUUUCUUUUACAGUUCUGCAGAACAAAGGGAUAAAUUGGCUGCCAGUGAAAGAAAAUUUGUUGAUGCCAAGUUAAAAAAAAUUGUUGAUUUGAAAAAUGAAGUAUGUGGGAUGGAUAAUGAUAGAGGAUUUGUUAUUAUAAACCAAAAAGGUAUUGAUCCAGCAUCACUUGAUGUAUUAGCUAAACAUGGUAUCCUAGCAUUAAGAAGAGCCAAGAGACGUAAUAUGGAAAGACUACAAUUAGUCACCGGUGGGGAAGCUCAAAAUUCUGUGGAUGACUUAUCACCAAAGAUUCUUGGUUACUCUGGAUUAGUUUAUCAAGAAACAAUAGGAGAAGAAAAAUUCACCUAUGUCACUGAAAAUAGAAAUCCUAAAUCAUGUACCAUUUUAAUUAAAGGUGCCACCCAAUAUGCGCUAAAUCAAACGAAAGAUGCUGUCAGAGAUGGUUUAAGAGCUGUUGCAAAUGUACUAAAAGAUCAAAAUGUUAUUCCAGGUGCCGGGUCCUUCUUCCUUGCUGCUUCUAACCAUUUACAAAAAAGUAAUAUGGUUAAAUUGGGUGCUAAGGGUAAAACAAAAACUGGUGUACAAGCAUUCACUGAAGCACUAUUAGUGGUUCCAAAGACUUUAGUUAAAAACUCUGGAUUCGACCCUCUGGAUGUUCUAUCUCUUUGUCAAGAUGAAUUAGAUGAUAAUGAGGACAGUGAAGAGCGUAGAUAUGUUGGUGUUGAUUUAAAUAUCGGGGACACAUGUGAUCCAACUAUUGAGGGUAUUUGGGAUUCAUACCGUGUUAUCAGAAAUGCCAUUAAUGGUGCCACUGGUAUUGCAAGCAACUUACUACUUUGUGAUGAAUUAUUAAGAGCAGGUAGAUCCACUUUGAAAGAGGGAAAUCCACAAUAA